AUGGAGAAGACAAGAGCUUGUGCUGCAGUUAAGGAAGGCGACUUCGGCCACACUAGUAGAACAAGUGUGCCCGUUGAAAAUGCCGACUUCGACUUUGAUGAAGAACAAGAUGGCUUUGAGCAAGUGUACGCUUUAGCAGACGAGAGGGUAAAGUUGGCUUUGGCAAACUACUCUACGAAGACGACUCGGUCCGACAAGAAGCUAUACUUGAAGCCAAGUCAACAUGCAAAACAAGCGCAGUUCGUGGCGCUAACUAGUGAAAAUUGGCAUGAAAUGCUGGCCAAGGCUAGAGCCAACUACCACAAGCAGAAAACCUUUGAUGGUCCGUUUGUUGUGCACGUGUUGAUGUACGCAGCUAAGGAAGCACGACAAGGCAUUCGUCGUUCGUGUUGGUGA